UUGCAAACAGAUGACAUUCCCAAUACCCAAGCUCUUAGAAAAGGAAAGAGGAAAAGGACAGAGACAAUGGACUCAGAGAAGGCAAAUAGUGACGUGGAUAAAGGACAGGUCUCACUGAUGUCCUCCACUCUUUUCUCAAGUCCAAGAGACCCAUAUUCAGGAAAUGCCUUUCUGCCUGGUGAGAGCUCCAGUGAGGAUGAAGAGCCUUUAGCAGAAUUGUCAAAGGAGGAAUUGUGCAUGAAAAUAAAAAGCCUGAAACAAAAACUAACAAACACCCGGAAAGAAAACAGCCGACUUCGACAGUCUUUGGUCAUGCUUCAAGUGUUACCACAAGCAGUCACCCAGUUUGAAGAAUUGGUUGGUAUGGCAGAGGCUCUGCUUAAGGGUGGAGGAACCAUGUCCACAGCUGCAUCCACCCUCUGGAGAGCAACAAACAACUCCUCACCAGAUUCUUUUGCCUCUACGUGCAGUAAUUCUAACUCUAAUUCCAGUUCACCGAUUUCCUUGAAAGCUGAAGAAGAGCAUCAUACUGAUGAGAAACAGUUCAAGAUUGAAAAAUGGCAGAUUGCCCGUUGUAACAAGAGCAAGCCUCAGAAGUUCAUUAAUGAUUUAAUGCAAGUACUCUACACAAAUGAGUAUAUGGCCACACACAGCCUGACCGGGGCGAAGUCCUCUACUUCGAGGGACAAAGCCGUAAAACCAGCUAUGAAUCAGAAUGAAGUUCAAGAAAUCAUAGGAGUCACAAAACAGUUAUUUCCCAACACAGAUGAUGUUUCAAUUAGGAGAAUGAUAGGGCAAAAGCUAAACAACUGUACCAAGAAGCCAAAUUUAAGCAAAAAUCUGAACUCUCAGGACAUUAAGUAGAUCCUUUUGGUAUUGUAGGUAACUGAAAUAAAAUACCUUCAGUUCUGAAUCUAACACUGGAUUUUGUAGGAGAAUCUGCAACCUCCCUGGCGGUGAGCACAGAGACACAUAGUGACAGGCUGUUUGAGACAUCUGUAAUAUCGCUGGCUCUUGAUGGAGCAACGAGCUUGCUGAAGAAGUUGCAUGUAGAUUCCAUCAUU